UGCUAUAAUUGUUAAAUACCUUACCCAUCUCAUUUAUUUGGAUCUAUUAGCUAGCGGUUUGAUUGGUGAGGUACCAUCAUCAUUUUCAAACCUCAAGGCACUCUCUUCCUUAAGUCUACGAGGUAACUAUCUCAACGGUACGAUCCCAUCAUCACUUUCAAACCUCAAGGAACUCUCUUACUUGGAUCUACAAGGGAACUAUCUCAGUGGACCAAUACCUACGUCGUUGGGGAACCUCACCAAAGUUACUCAAAUUUUCCUAGACUCUAACUACUUCACCGGCCAUAUUCCUUCAUCACUUUCACAUCUAAAGGAUCUCAAUCUUAUUGACCUCAGCUUUAACAAUUUUCAAGGAUCAAUACCAGUAUCAUUUGGGAACCUCACAAAAGUUACUGAUAUUAAGCUCCAAUAUAACAACUUUACCGGCCAAAUUCCAUCAUCACUUUCAAAUCUGAAGUAUCUGAACGUUAUUGACCUUAGUUACAACAAAUUUGAAGGAUCAAUACCAGUAUCAUUUGAGAACCUCACAAAAGUUACUGAUAUUAUGCUCCAAUAUAACAACUUUACCGGCCAAAUUCCAUCAUCACUUUCAAAUCUGAAGUAUCUGAACGUUAUUGACCUUAGUUACAACAAAUUUGAAGGAUCAAUACCAGUGUCUCUUGGGAACCUCACAAAAGUUACUAAAAUUAUGCUCCAAUAUAACAAUUUCACUGGCCAUAUUCCAUCAUCACUGUCAAACCCAAAGGAUCUCACUUUUAUUAACUUCAGUCACAACAACUUUGGAGGUUUUGGUGGUAAAAUUCCUUUUUUGACCAACCUAACAAAACUCUCCACAGUUGACUUGUCUUACAACCAACUCACUAGUCAAAUGUGUGAAUUCCAACCUAACAAUUCACUACAAUAUCUUAGAUUGGAAAAUAACAGGCUUUAUGGCUCUCUUCCAAGUUCAAUCUCUAAUCUUGUGAAUCUUAUAGAGCUUAAUAUUGCAUCGAAUGACUUGAGUGGCAUUGUGGAAUUUGAUGAGUCCACAAAUCUCGAAGAACUUGAAACCCUUGACGUUUCAAACAAUAGUCGGUUUUUAGGCAUCAAAAGCAACUCGAACCAUACCUUCCCCUAUCUUCAGACAUUAAGCUUGUCUUCUUGCAACAUAAUUGAAUUCCCAAAAUUUUUAAAAUCGUCAAAAUAUUUAGAAAACUUGGACCUAUCUAGUAACAGAAUCUCAAACCAAAUCCCAGAAUGGAUGUUUGAAGUUGUGGAGAAUCUACUGUUUCUUGAUCUUCAUGCCAAUCUAUUGCAAGGAAAUCUUCCUAUUCCACCUUCUACUAUGAUCGCCUUUUUUAUGUCGAACAAUAGAUUGAUUGGGGAGAUCCCAUCUAUGAUUUGCAAUGCAAGUAGCCUUGAAAUCUUAGAUAUCUCUAACAACAAUUUGAGUGGUAAGAUUCCACAAUGUUUGGGAAACUUUGGUCAUAGACUUUCAGUGAUGGAUUUGCGAACGAACAAUUUCCAUGGCACUAUUCCUGAUACAUUUGAAAAGGAUAAUAGUCUAGCAACUAUUGCCUUUAAUGGAAAUCAUUUAGAAGGGAAAUUACCAAAAUCAUUUGUCAAUUGCACAAAUUUGGAAGUUCUUGACCUCGGAAAUAAUAAGAUCAAUGAUUCAUUCCCCUAUUGGUUGGAAGCCCUUUCGAAGUUACGGUUACUUGUCUUGAGUAAUAAUAAACUUCAUGGUCCUAUAAGAAAUCGUAAAAAUAAGGUGGUGUUUUUCUCUAAAUUACAAAUUCUCGAUCUCUCUCACAAUGAGUUUACUGGUCUUUUACCGAGAAUUUAUUUUGAAAAUUUGGAAGCCAUGAUGAUUUGCAAUGAAAAUGCAAAAGAACCACAAUAUUUGGCAGCAUAUUAUGGUACACAUACGCAUAAGCGUAGUGACUAUGAUAGAGUUGAAAUACCCAAAGGUUUUUAUCAAGAUUCAAUAGAGGUGACUGUGAAAGGGUCAAAGAGAGAACUACCGAGAGUCCUAACCAUCUUCACAAUGAUUGAUUUAUCAAGCAACCAAUUCCAAGGAGAGAUUCCAGAUGCACUUGGAAGGCUUAAAUUUCUCCGAUUGCUCAACCUUUCCCAUAACAGCCUAACUGGCCAUAUCCCAUCAACUUUGGGAAAUUUAUUAGCACUUGAAGCAUUGGAUCUCUCUUCAAAUAAACUCACUGGUGAAAUUCCUAUGCAAUUGACACUUCUAACAUUUUUGGCCAUGUUAAACCUUUCACAAAACUACCUUAUUGGACCCAUACCUCAAGGCAAACAAUUCAAUACAUUUGGUAAUGAAUCAUAUGAUGGGAACUUAGGAUUGUGCGGAUCUCCAUUGUCAAUUAAAUGUAGUACUAAUGAGCCACCACCAACAAUAUUCCUUGAAGACAAUGAUUCAAUGUUUGCAGAAGGAUUUGGUUGGAAGACCGUGUUGAUUGGCUAUGGAUGUGGAUUUGUGUUUGGAUUAGUUGUGGGAUAUGUUGUGUUUAAAACAAGAAAACCCCAAUGGAUUUUAAGGUUGAUUGAAGGAGAACGAGAGGGAAGGGUGACAGGGCGUAUCAACCAAAGACCCAAGCGAAGAAGACGUUAAUGCCACAUGGAUUAAUACUGUGCUAUGGAUUAAUGUGUGCUCUUAGGUGAGUGUGACAAACUUCUCUUUGCAUUAAUAUUGUGCAGUGGAUUUAUAUUAAGUUAUAUUAGAAGUAGCAUUAACAUUUGUAGUUUCCUAUAUAUUCAAUAAUUUUUCUCUGUUUACUUGCAAGGUACUGUUGGAAGUGAUGAAGGACCCUAUUAUCUACUAUGAGUUGAAGAAGAUUACGUGCUUUGACUUACAACUGUUCAUUAGAAUGUUGGGUAUUAAGGAGUUGAUCAUGCUUAUAUGAAUUAUGGUGUUGUUUUCCUAUUCAUCUAAUAAUAAUGCUCAGAUUUCACGUAUGUAUUUGAGGUUGAGGGUAUUCUUUGUGUUUGUUUUAAAAUUGUAUCAUGUCUUGGACUUAGUUUUGAGGCUAGUGUUGUGCUCAGUUGGCUUGUACUUAUUGGAGGUUAUUUCGUGUGUUCAUUUGUGUUUGUUUUGAUAUUAUGUGGCGCAUUGGACUUA